UCAUCUUCCACCCCCGUAAUAUUGCUUCAUCAUUCUGGCCCUGUAGCUGCACCGUCACGUAGCUCAACAUGUGCGUGCUAUGCCCUCUUUAUGUCCAAUGUCGUUACGAUGACGUGUAUAUCGGCCACCAUCGCCAUUUUCCAUUGGGUGAUCAUAGCCUAUCGAGUUCAUUUGGUCUUUCUCAUGAUUCUGUUCUCAAUUAGUACGGCAUCUAUGCACACCAAAACUACAGUUUUUAGCGGCCCCAAGUCUCCUCUUGUGAGCCCAUACCACUGAUUAGUGAGAUCCACG